ACAAAUAUUAUUUAGAAAUUUUCUCUCCGAUUUAUUCGUUCCCUUCAUCCAGCAUAAAUUCCUCCAUUUUCUCAGCAAAAGGUGACUUUUCUCAAGAUAUCCCCCCUCCUCAUUUCUCCCCAAACCUCCGGUUCGCUGCUCUUACCCAGCGCGAUUCCGGGGUUUAUUAUUAUUUUUGGAUUGUAAAAAUUGAAAAUAUUUUGUCAAGUUUUUAGAAAUUAUGAGUAAUCACCUGGUGUUGUAUGUGGAUCGUCUGGUGAGGCCGGUGCCAUUACAGCCUGUGGAGUCGGAGGCUGCUCCCUCAACGGAGAUUUCAGAUACAUCGUGCUCCGCGAAAGAAAAGGAAAUCGUCCAAGGAGCCGAGGAAGAGGAGGAGCCGCUCAUUCAAGCGGCGGAGUGCCGCAUUUGCCAGGAGGAAGAUUCCAUUGAGAAUCUUGAGACUCCUUGUGCCUGCAGCGGAAGCCUCAAGUAUGCGCAUAGGAAAUGCGUGCAGCAUUGGUGCAACGAGAAAGGAGAUAUCAUUUGCGAGAUAUGUCAUCAGCCUUAUCAACCGGGUUAUACUGCUCCGGCUUGUGCUCAAACUGAAGAAACUGCUAUUGAUAUUGGUGGAGUCUGGACAAUCUCUGGCACCCCUCUGGAUUUGGGUGAUCCUCGACUCUUGGACAUUGCAGAGGCAGAAAGGCAACUUUUGGAAGCAGAGUAUGAUGAAUAUGCUGCAUCAAAUGCCAGUGGAGUUGCCUUUUUCCGUUCAGCUGUUCUAAUCUUAAUGGCCCUUCUGCUGUUGCGGCAUGCAUUGACUGUUCCAGAUGCUGAUACGGAGGACGACGUGUCUACUUUUUUCUCUCUUUUCUUGCUUCGUGCUGCUGGAUUUCUCUUGCCAUGCUACAUAAUGGCUUGGGCCGUCAGUAUAUUACAGCGACAAAGACAAAGACAGGAAGCAGCGGCAUUGACUGCAACGCAGAUCGCUUUUGUACUACAAUCCGGGCAACGCAGGGGUGUGCAUUUUACAAUAGCAUCAGGGCCCACAGUGACCACCCAUCAGGAAAGUGCUUGACUUAUUAUAGGGAGGCAUGAAACCCUCCGCUUAAAAUUAAACUGGUCGUUGAUGAACAAAUGAAAGAUUGUUCCCCUUAUUGAUAGACUCGGAAAGCUUUAUGAUUUUUAUUCUGUUUGUCCCCAAAUAGAUAUAGUUUGUAUCCAUCA